AUAUAAUUUAAUUUGAAUAGAAAUUUCGCUCCCAAAUGAAACAGUAUUGAAAAUUUGAAAAAACAAAAAAAGAAUAGAAAUUUUCAUCAAUAAAUAUUCUUAUUUCUCACUUUUACAUUUAAAGGUAAAAAUUCUGAACUUAUCAAUCAAAAAAAUGAAUAUUUUUCAUCAAUAGAUUAUGUUGAUGAAAUAUUAAGCCCCCUAUAAGGUUAACCGAAGAUAUUUUUGUGCUAACAUAAUUAAUUAAGAGAUUAAGACUAACAGAAUAAAUUGUGCAACCAAUUAGAAACAAUGAUUAGUUUUUCCUUCAAUAUACUGACAAUUUAUCGAUUGAUCUAUUUUAUAAUCUAAACGUUAAUCAGUAUACAGAUUAACCUCUACAAUUUAUAAACGCAAAUUCAAUUUUUGUAACUGCCUGUAUAUCUUUAAAAAUAUAGUUAUUCAAACAUCACAGGAAUAAAAUGUUUGUUUAGAGAAAUCAUCUUCUUGUAACUUCAUCAUCUGCAUCCGCAUCAUCAAUUUCAUCUCUCUCUUUCUCUCUAUCUUCCUCCCUCCCUCCACCUCUAACUUUAGGUAUUCUCUCUCCACUAUAGUUCACGCUUGACCUAAAAGAGCCUUUAAAAGAAAUGGACUCAUCGAUAUCCAAAUGAAUACUCAUUUGUCUUCCAUCGAAACGACUUUCUCCUUCUCAUCUAAUUCUGAUCAAUACUUUCUCCAAGUUUUCCAAUUUUGCUUCGUUUGUAUCUUGCAAAACUGUUAAUCAAAAUGCGGACUAUUGUGGCUAUUAUUUUAAGUGUUAGCAUAUUACUUAUCAACUUUAGCGAUCAAGCCAAUGGAUUUAAAAAGAAGAAAGUUUUGAAAAAGAUAAAAGAUGCUCUGCCGUUCAUGUUAGCUUUGAAGCCAAGGAAAAAAAUUCUGCUACUUCCAAUCCCUUUUCCAAUGAAAGGAAAAGGAAAAGGAAGUGAAAUUUUAUCAUCAUUACGAAACAUGCGACCUUUUGGCAAUUUAAUGGACUCAGAUUCUGGUUGGGGCUCAAAUCAGCAAACAGCAAAUUAUAUGACUAUCCCAGUACCAGUGCAAAUUCAAGCUCCUGCACCAAUGCCACCGCCACCACCACCUCAACCCAUAAAAUACAUGAUGGUUCCAACACCAGUACAGAUACAAACUCCACCACCACCACCACCUCCUCCUCAACAAAUUAUGAUGGUUCCGAUGCCUAUGCCUGAAUUUACACCCCAUCGACCUGCACCUAAACCUUCUGCACCAAUCAUGCAACAUUAUUCAAGCCCAAUUGAUCAUCUUAAUAAUCAGAUGAUGAAUCAAGCAAUGGACACAUGGAUGAUGAUGGCGGCAAUGGACUGUUUCGGUAUGGAUAACAUGGGACAUUCACAUGGUGAAACUCCAAAUAUUGUGAGUGACAAAAUAAUUUACAGAGAACCUUCAAAACAAUCAUAUCGAAGUCCUGCUCAAAUAGUAAGAGAGAUUCCCUCUAAAACACACUCAUUACCACCUCCACCUCCACCACCAGUCCCUGAGCCAGUUCAAAAGCCAAUCACACAAACAUUUUAUGAACCAAUUCAAAGGCCAAUCACACAAAACGAUGACUCUUCAUUCGACCAUGAUCCAAUCAAGGGUGAAAAGGUUAAAGAAUACUCAGUUCCACAGCAACAACCUAUCCAACAACAACAACAGCAGCAACAACAACAGCAACAACAACAUCAAGAACAACUACAUGGCGGUCAAACCUAUUUCCCUACAUCCGACUUUGGGACCGGUAAUAGGUUUGUAGAGCCAAUCAAGUCAAGUCGAGCUCCAAUCAAAGGAGGUUAUUAAGUUAUGUAGUCAAAAUAAAACCAAUAUAAUACAAAAGAGCAGAAAGCUAGAUUGAAUGAGAGAAGUAUGAAGAAAGAUUGGACAUUUAUUUGGAGAUUGAGAUUUAUCAACAUUAUUUAUAUUCUCUAAUAACAACUAUUCAAUCAUCAAUAAACAAAAUCAAGACGAAAUACUUGACAUACACCUGUGAAUGUUGAUUGUUUAUACAAAAAAAACAAAUAAAUUGAUGAUUAUCCUUUUUGUUAAAUCUCAAGCCUCAAUAAUCUUCAAUUCUAUUUUUGAUUUUUUUUCGAUACUUCACCUAAGCUCAUCAUUAUCCUUUUUUCCAAUGAAUUUUCUCAGUUAAUGUGUCCUUUUAAGAAUUCAAUUCUAUUAUUAAAUUAAGAGCUAAUAGCUAAUAGGUUUAAAGAUUUAAAAUAUUGAUUAGAUCGUCCAUUAUAAAGGUCAAUAAUUAUUAGAUAAAGUCUUAUCGAACGGUAUUGACGAUUUUUUGACAGCCUGGAUUAUAUUAUUUUCGGGAAUCUAAUCUAAAAUUUAGAGACAAACUAAUUUAAAAUAGGUCAAAAAUUAAGAUGAAAGUUAGUUAAUAGAAAAACCGGAUCUCAUUGAUUUAAAUACACUCCCGUAGUUCUACUUAAUUGGCAUUUCAAAUAAGUUAAUUGAUGGAUAAAUAAAGAAAAAGAUUUGUCGAAAAACA